UAUUCCUACAAGUAGUGAAAUGUUUAGUGGCAUGAAAGCAAUAACAUCGCAGAGCGCACCAUAACGAUGGUGAACUUAAAAGCAGCCAGCGUAAACGCGCCCAAUUUGAAAUUUAUGCUGCUGCUACUACUGCUAGCGAUCCGGUCGAGAACAUCCGAAGCCAUCUAUAGUGGGAAUGAUUUUUACUGCAGCAAUCGUUCCUGCCCGAGUGGGAUGGGCAACAUCGCUUGUAACUGUGGCCCGGAGCCUAUCAAGUUCGAUCCCAAGUGUAAAUCUCCCACUUUAUUGCCAAUGGAUAAGGAAUCGCGGGACUUCAUCGUCCAUCAGCACAAUUUGAAGCGAAGUUUGCUAGCCAGAGGGGCUCUGCCGCCACAUAAGCCAGCCGCCCGAAUGAUCGAAAUGACAUACAGUGACGAGUUGGCAUACGCUGCCUGUUGCAAUAUAAAAACAUGCAAUUAUGGCCACGACCGUUGCCGGAGCACCUUGCAAUUUCCAUCGGCCGGACAAAAUAUUGCUGCGAAAGUUUACUGCCCCAGGACCACUAUCAUGACACAGCCGACUCCGCUGGAUAUCGUCCAAAGCAUCAUCGAUGUUUGGUUCAACGAGUACAAAGUGACAUCGCCGAAUUACACCGAUUCAUAUCCCAUGAACUACAAAGGUCCACAGAUUGGCCACUUUACGGUGUUCGUCAACGACAAGGUGACACAAAUUGGGUGCUGCUUUGCUCGCUACGAGGUGGAUCCGGAUGAUCUGCCUUUCAUACCUAGCAACGUAAAAGAGGGAGUACCCUGCCAAAACUAUUACUUUGUGUGCAACUACUCGUACACCAACUAUUACAAGGAGGCAUCCUAUAUCAAAAGUGAUAAGCCAGCCACAAAGUGCGAAUCCACAUCCACCUAUACGGGAUUGUGUGGCGUUGCAGACCAAUCAAGUGUUAAAGAAUAAAUCGGCAGUGAGAAAGUU